AUGUCGCUUGUGUUUCGUAGGAGCAGAGGCUUGAUACCUGCCGCUAAAACCUCAGCACGGUAUGUAUCCUCAGCAACAGCCACUUUUUCUGAGGAUAUAUACCAAGACACAACCACAACCAAAGUACAAACCAACAUUAGACAGAGCUCCACGGGAAAUGCACUGGCCCAAACAGUUAAAGAAGUUCUCGUUAACGUACAAUCUAGUUCAUUUUUGAAGUCUUCUGUUCCAGACAAGGUAUUUGCAACUGGAACUUUCAACCCACAUUCAGUGUCCCAUCAGCUUUACCGAUUCGCACAAGAACAACAGUAUGACAUGCUUUUAAAGGCAUUCCUUAAAUGGACUUCAACCUCUGUUGGGUUAGAAUCUUUGCAACUGGUGUUAACCAAAGAGCAGAUUUCUUACUUCAUCAAACUUCUUAUUGAUCAUCAAAAGACGUUGAUUGUCAAUAUGCUUAAUAUCAAUCGUAGUAACCGUCUGACACGGGCCAUGGAUAACGCUAAAUCCAAGGAGAAACAUUAUAGAAAUAGCAUUAGAAAUAUCUACAGUAACCUUAUAUAUGGACCUAAGUCCGGUCCAGAAGGUUUCAUAUACCAUCGUACGAAGCGAGGAGAUCUUUACAAUUCAUCACAUCUUACUGGAUACAGAUUGACAGUGCCAGAUUAUGAGAAUUUAAUCUUGCAUGAACUUACUUGUAAUAAAUUAGAUUUGGCUAGUAAGUGGUUCGAAAGAUUUGAAGCUGAAUUUGGGUCUCAAUCAAGAGAAUUAAUGACUGAUAGAAUGUGGAUGUACAAGUUUCUGGUUUUAGGAGGAGGAAAGGCGCCACAUUGGCAAGUUAAGGAUUCUGAAUAUUAUGUUCGUAAGACUAAGAGCACUCCAUAUGUAUUAAAAACUCAACAGAAGUGGCUGGAGGUUUAUGCUGAUUAUGUUGAACAAAGAGGAAGUCCUAAUGAUCCUCGAAUCACAGAACAACUUAUUUAUUCUAUGGGGUACGCUGAAAACACUGAAUUUUUAACCCAAUAUAUCGAAAGUGUAUGGGGUAUAGCAUACAAUGGAGUACCAACAAAACCGGCAGAACUUCGCGGAGAUCCCUUAUAUCCUAAUUUGGAUAUUCUUCAAGCCAUUGUAGUAUCACUUUCAUAUAAUCAUAAGUUUUUCCAAGCUAUGAGUUAUAUAAAUGCAUUUCAAGAAGUUUAUGGUGGGAAAGAAUUUGAUCUUUCCAGACAUGAUGCACUUCCAUUUUGGAAAACCAUAUUCCAUUGGGCUGAUCAAUGUACUCGAUUUAAUGAACAAAGAGCACUUCAACAUUAUUUGAAAGGUACAUCAGUAGAUAUAAAAAGUGUUCGUUCAGAAGAUCUUAUUAAAUCUGCACAACAAGAUGUUGAUUUUGAAUAUGAAAAAUAUUUGACAUUUAUAGAUGAAUUAAAAUCCAAAAGAUCAAACACUUUAGAAGAAAUUUGGAAAUUAUUCACAUCAACUAAUACUCAUUUUUCACCAAAGAUCUUUGAAGUAAGAUUAAUGACAGCACAAGAAACUAGAAGUGAAGAAAAGUUUUAUGGCUUAAUGGAGGCUCUUGCUGAAAGAUACCAUUAUUACGAGACAUCACCUACUUCAUUCAAUAGAAGAAGCAACUCCUCACCAUUAGCCCAAUUGCAUAAGAGUGCAGAAACAUUGUACUUGAAAACAUUACAAGCAUUUGUAGACAUCAAAGGGUUUGAUGGAUAUAUUGGUCAAUGUGAACCAUUGAUUCAAGAAUGGAGUUUGAAUGAGAAAAUGAAGGUUAAAAUGGAUACUUUCCUUGGUGAGAGAAUGUUAAAAUAUCGUUCAACUUUAGAGAAGAGACGUGAAGAGAAAAUGAUUGAACAAAGAACCGAAAAUGAAGAUGAAGGAUUACUUGAUUUAUUUUAA